GCACACUCUCUUGAAGAAGACUUGAUAGACAUCUUCUUGGCCAUAAAAAGGAACAAGAGAGCAAGAAAGAAAGAAGAAGAAGAAGAAAUUAAGAGAAGAAGAUGGAGGCACCACUCUUGAAUAAGAAAUCAAGAUCAGAAGGUGGAGAAGGAGAUGAGUUAGGAUUGAGUAGAAGAGUUUGGGAUGAGUCUAAGAAGUUAUGGAGGAUCGUCGGACCGGCGAUCUUCAGCCGUGUUGUGACUUAUAGCAUGAACGUCAUUACUCAAGCCUUUGCCGGCCACCUUGGUGAUCUUGAACUUGCUUCAAUCUCCAUUGCUAACACUGUUGUAGUUGGCUUCAACUUUGGUCUCAUGUUGGGCAUGGCGAGUGCACUAGAGACAUUGUGUGGACAAGCAUUUGGAGCGAAGAAGUACCACAUGUUAGGCGUGUAUAUGCAACGCUCAUUCAUAGUUCUCUUCUUAUGUGCCGUUGCUCUUCUCCCUAUCUACUUCUUUGCUACUCCCAUCCUUGAACUCACCGGCCAACCGCCCGAAUUGGCGGCCAUGGCCGGAAAAGUUACUCUUUGGUUAAUCCCCCUCCAUUUCUCAUUCGCCUUCCUUUUUCCAAUCCAAAGAUUCCUACAAUGUCAAUUGAAAAACUCCAUCAAUGCUUAUGUUUCAUUUCUUGCACUCAUUGUUCACAUAUUUGUUAGUUGGCUUUUCGUUUCGAAGUUGAAAUUCGGUCUCAUCGGCACUGCUGCCACUCUAAAUUUCUCUUGGUGGGUCGCUGCUUUAUGCCUCUAUGCUUAUGUGACUCUCGGCGGAUGUCCUCUUACUUGGAAAGGCUUCUCUUUCGAAGCUUUUUCCGGUCUAUUGGAAUUUCUCCGGCUCUCUGCUGCUUCUGGUGUAAUGCUAUGCUUGGAGAAUUGGUAUUAUAGGAUACUAGUUUUAAUGGCUGGAAAGUUGAAGGAUGCUACCAUUGCUGUGGAUGCUUUGUCUGUUUGCAUGGGCAUCAAUGGGUGGCACUUGAUGAUUCCUCUUGCUUUCUUUGCUGGCUCUGGAGUGAGAGUGGCAAAUGAGCUUGGAGCAGGGAAUGGAAAGGGAGCAAGAUUUGCAACAAUUGUUGCAGUAAUGAGCUCAGCAGUGAUUGGUCUUGUCUUCUUUGUUGUUGUAAUGAUUUUGCAUGAUAAGUUGGCAUACAUUUUCACCAAUAGUUCCCAAGUCAUUCAUGCUGUUGAUAAGCUUGCUGCUCUCUUAGCCUUCUCCAUUCUCCUCAACAGUGUCCAACCUGUUCUCUCUGGAGUGGCUGUUGGUUCAGGAUGGCAAGCAAUAGUAGCAUAUGUUAACAUUGGAACUUAUUAUUUGAUUGGAAUUCCUCUUGGGAUUUUCUUGGGAUGGUACUUCAAAUUGGGAGUGAUGGGAAUUUGGAGUGGAAUGAUAAGUGGAACAGCCAUUCAAACUGUUAUUUUGACAUACUUGACCAUUAGAUGUGAUUGGGAUAAAGAGGCUUUGAACGCUAGCACAAGAUUGGAGAAAUUUGGCAAUGUGAAAUAAUCUCAGAAAAAGGGGAUUUAUUAUGUAGCUGGUUAUGAUUUCGAUGAAUUAUGUUUGAUUUUAAUUAAAUCCUAUGUUAACUUUGAAUUACUUUAAUUUUAUAACUAUUGCUGCCCUUUUCUUUUAA